AUGGAUAUGACAGAAGUAAAAGCGUUCAACGCGGAGUUAUCCGGGUUGUACGAAAAUAAGCCUCCUAUAUCAAAAGCGAAGAUGAGUGCUAUCACAAGAGGUGCUAUUAAGGCUAUAAAAUUCUACAAACAUGUUGUACAUAGUGUGGAAAAAUUCAUACAAAAGUGCAAACCUGAAUACAAAGUUCCAGGUUUGUAUGUGAUAGACUCGAUUGUGAGGCAAUCGCGGCACCAAUUCGGACAAGAUAAAGAUGUCUUCGCGCCGAGGUUUGCUAAAAAUAUGCAACAGACAUUUGCCAACCUCUUCAGAUGCCCUGAUGAUGAUAAGCGUAACAUAAUAAGAGUGCUAAAUUUGUGGCAAAAAAACAAUGUAUUUAGCCCUGAAGUAAUUCAACCAUUACUAGAUAUGGCAGAUCCCAAUCAUCCUUUGCAUCAAGAAAUCUUACAACAACAACAAAACAGCACUGCUAACGGAAGUAGUCUUAACAUAACCCACAAUACUUCCGAUAACAAAAUGUCACCUAUGCCCCGUCAAGACAGUCCACAUACAUCCUCUCCAAUGGGUGAUGCGUUUCAAGAUGACUCAAAUGGACCACAGCCAGCUAAAUUUAACCGCAAGUUGCUCAACGACUUUGAAUAUGAGAGUGAAGAUGAAUCAGCUCCAGAGCCUCCGCACAGCACACACAGUACUCACAACACGCACAGUUCUCACAACACCCACAGUACACACAACACACACAAUACACACAGUUCUCAUAACACACACAGUACACACAGCACGCACAGUACACACCCAAGUCACACAAGUCAUAAUACUCAUAACCCUACUGAUGCUCUCGGCAGUAUAUUAACAAAUCCUGAGAUUAUGAGACAGUUGCAAAGCUUACAAGCACAAAUGCAGCUUAUGACUGGAAUGCAAAUACCUAAUUUAAUGCCAAUGAUGUCAGACAUGCAGUUACAACAGAAUCAAAAUUUACCAUUUUUAAAUUCCCAGCCCGAACAACAGAAACAGAAUGAGCCUAAAGAAGACAUGGCCAAUGAGUCUGACAUAGAGUUUGUGGAGACCGGCCCGCAAGUUAUUGAAAUACCAGAUGUUAAUGAUUCCAGGAGUCCGUCGCCCAAGCGCAGGCACCGCUCGCGCUCCAAGUCGCCGCGCCGCCGCCGCCGCUCGCGCUCUCGCUCGCGCUCGCCGCGCCGCCGCCGCGAUCGCGACCGGGACAGGGACAGAGAUAGAGACAAAGAGAAGAGUUACAAAGAACGAGAAGCAGAGAAAGAAAAGCAAAGGGAAAGAGAAAAAAAAGGUUUACCACCUAUUAAAAAAGAAAAUCUUAGCGUGUGCAGCACGACGCUGUGGGUGGGGCACCUGUCGAAGCUGGCGACGCAGGAGGAGCUGUCGGACCUGUUCGGCGCGCACGGCGGCGUGGUCAGCAUCGACGUGGUGGCGCCGCGCGGCUGCGCCUUCGUCGUCAUGGAGCGCCGCCGCGACGCCGCCAAGGCGCGCGCCAAGCUCAACAAGCACAAGCUGCACUCCAAGGAGAUCACCGUGGCGUGGGCGGCCGGCAAGGGCGUGAAGGGGCGCGAGUGGAAGGACUACUGGGAGGCGGAGCUGGGCGUGGCGUACCUGCCGUGGGCGGCGCUGCACGCGCGCUGGCUGCUGGGCGCGCUGUCGCUGGACGCGCUCGAGGACGGCGGCGCCGUGGACGAGGACACGCUGCCGCCCUGGCUGCCGCCCAGGAUAAUCCCGAAGAGCCUCGGGGAGGGGCUGCCGCUGCUGGCGCCGCUGCCAGCGCCGCUGCUGCCGGCGCUGCCGCCCAGCAGCCUGCCGCUGCCGCUGCCGGCGCUGCCCGCGCUGCCGGUGCGCAUGCCGCCGCCGCACGCCGGAAUGGGCGGAGGCCUGCCGCCGGGACUGGGCGGCGCCGUGCAGUCGAUACGACCGCCUGUGCCUGGGUUGCAGCGCGACGGCGGCCUGCAGCAGGCGGGGCUGCUCGGCUUCCCGCCCGGCAUGCCGCCGCAGCCAGGUAUGGUGGGCGGGUUCCUGAGCGGGUUGAUGGGCGUGGGCGUGGGCAUGAACGUGGGCGGGCUAGUACUGCCGCUGCACCACCACGGCCUGCCGCCGACGCCCGUGCAGCAUGCCCCUGCGGGACGCACGGAGGCCCCCGACGAUAACAUGGACCUCGACACUGAGGAGCACGAGGAGCCGCCCGCCCUGCCGGCCGCGCCGCCCGCCCCGCCCGCGCUGCCCGCCGUGCCGCCCGCCCUGGCGGAUGUGGCCAACAUGUCGAUAGAUCAGAUACAAGCGUUACUAUCGAAACCGCCGCCGGCAUUCAACUCGUCAGAACCCCCACCGGGUUUCAACCCCCAGCAAGAGGCGCCACAAUUCGACGCGUCACAACCCCCGCCGGACGACAAGCGCGACGACGACAGGCGCGACCGCGACAAGGACAGGCGCGACCGCGACAGGGACCGCGACCGCGACAGGCGGGAGCGCGACCGCCGCGACACCAGAGAUGCGCGUGACACCCGCGACACGAGGGAUGCGAGGGACACGCGUGACACCCGCGACACGAGGGAGACGCGGGAUACGCGUGAUCGUGACCGAAGGGAUCGGGAUAGAGGGCGUGAGCGGGGAAGAGAAGGAGAUAGGGAAAGAGACGACAGACGAGACAGAGACAGGGAUCGCGGGCGCCGCGACCGCGACCGCGACCGGGAGAGGUUCAACUCCAGGGACAACAAUCGCAGUGAAAGAACAAGUCGCGACAAGUCGCCUCUACGGUCCAAUGCAGAGGCGUCGUCGGAGAAGAGUCUGCAGGAGCGGCUGUGGGAGAUGGCCAACGGCAAGCCGGACGCGCCCGAGCUGCCGCCGGAAGCGCCCGAAGUGCCGCACCCGCCGCACCCGCAGCCGCCGGCAGAUAACGAAGGGACUGCAGAAGAAGGAGGAUGGACGCAAAUACCGCCGCCUCGAGCGCUACAACCACCCGCGUUUAGAGCUGAGUUAAGAAUGAGAGGGCCACCGGCUCGGCAGCCAAUGAGAGGUCCAUGGAUGGAUGUACAAGGACCCGGACCUUUUGGACCGCGAUUCAAUGGAAUGGGUCCAUUCAAUAGACCGCCAUUCGAAAGACCACCCUUUGAAGGCCCUCCAAUGUUUGAAAGACCGCCAUUCAACCGUAUGCCAUUUGAUGGAAAUCGUCCACCAUUCGAUGGUCCAAGACCACCAUUUGAUGGUCCACGGCCACCAUUUGACGGCCCUAGACCAUUCGACGGACCUAGGCCGCCGUUUGAUGGACCCAGACCACCAUUUGACGGCCCGAGACCACCGUUUGACGGACCGAGACCUCCUUUCGAUGGUCCAAGACCACCCUUCGAUGGCCCACGACCUCCAUUUGACGGGCCUAGGCAAUAUGAUGGUUUUGAAGGAGAGAGGCCCUUCGAUGGACCAAGAUACGACGGUCCGCCAGAAUUUUAUGAUCGUGGCAAUAGAAGAUACGACGAUAGGGAAUUCAAUGAUCGAGGCUGGAAUGCGGAUAGAGAAAGAGAUUGGGAUAGAAGAAAUGAAUGGGAUGAUAGAAGAAGAGAUAGGAGAGUAAGAGAACACGACGAUAGAUUUAGAGAUAGAAAUGAUAGAAGACGCACCUUUGAAGAAAGGCCUAGAGACCAACAGCCUAGGGACCAGACUAGAGACCAACAGUCCAGAGACCAGCCUAAAGAUCAGUCUAAGGAACAGGCUCGAGACCAGCCCAGUAGGCCGCCCCGAGAGGAGAGGAACCCACGACGAGAUAAAGACAGAAAGUCAAGAUGGGGGGCUGCUGAAGAGAGUAAUACAAGCGAAGAGAAACCAGAGGAGGACAAAGUCAAUGAGAACCCUAGUGACAGUCAGACGGACAAAGAGGAUCGAAUCAAUCCUAGUCAAGAAGAACAAAGUGUACAAGAUAGUGCUAGUGAAAUUAUCCAAAAUGAACUGCAACCAGAGGAGAGUAAUGAUAAAUAUGAUCCAAUGGAUGACGAAGAGUCUAAUGACACUGAACAAAUCACGCAAAGUGAAGAAAAACAAGAGAGUGGUGACAGUGAAGAAAAUUAUGAAAGAGAACCAGUUGAGCCAAUAGACAAUAACUAUCCGUCAUUAGACCUCUAUGAUACAAACGAAGCCAUAGACACUAGCUUCGCGAUACCACCUCGUAACGAGUCGCCGCCACCUGAAUUGGAUAAAACAAGUCAUGAACACACAGAGACGACGGAAUCUGAAGAUAUAUUCGGUCAAGAACCGGAACCUGAAGCAGAACAGGAAUCGGAACCGGAACCAGAACCAGAGCCGGAACCGGAAAGAGUGGAAACGACAAUAGAACAAAUGGAUACUAUUGAAGAGAAGAAAGACGCU